AACCUGUAAUGGCUCCCAUCAGGGUCCUUCGUCUCUGCACAGUAGCGCAGUACGCCAUUGUUUCUGGCGACGAAAUUGUAGGCCUCUAGUAAUGGCAGCUAUUGCCAUUGCUUCGCCAAAAUCUUCAAUUUUACAGAACCCCAUCUAUUUCAACGAAUCAAGUUCGAAUUUUCUUGGUGGUUCUUUGAAGGGCCUUUGUUUACAUCUAAAACCAACACAACAACGAAGAAAUUCCACAAAUUUGGUUGUGGCUUCAGCCGGUACCAGCACCACCGUCACAACACAAGAUAGCGGCAAUCCAAGUGGCAGAUUUUACUUCAAUUUCACUGGGUUUCCUUUCCCUUUGGGUCCUUUCCUCAAUAGGCGUACUAUCAGGACGGAGGCCGUGAAGGGAUGUAUAUGGCUGUUUGAGCAAGAGCAAGCCUUAGGUUUCAGCAGUGUUUCAACAAACAUUAGGAUGACUGUUAUCAAACUCAAAUCUGGAGGCCUAUGGGUACAUGCACCCAUUGCUCCAACUGAUGAAUGCAUGAAGCUUGUCAAAGAGUUGGGAGCUCCAGUGGAAUAUAUUGUUCUUCCUACUUUUGCUUAUGAGCAUAAAAUAUUCGUUGGUCCAUUUUCUAGAAAGUUUCCACGUGCUCAAGUAUGGGUGGCACCAAGGCAAUGGAGUUGGCCAUUGAACUUACCACUAGAAUUUUUUGGGAUUUUCCGAUCUAAAACAUUGAAAGAUGAUGAUUCAUCUACCCCCUGGGCUGAUGAAAUUGAGCACAAAAUUCUAAGCUCCCCAGAAGUUGGGAUUGGGCCAUAUGUGGAGGUAGCUUUCUACCAUAAGCGUUCAAGAACACUAUUGGUGACAGAUGCUGUUAUUUUUGUCCCCAGACAGCCACCAGAGUGUAUCAGCAAAGAAUCACUGUUAGCAUCUGCAAAAAAUGGUUUGGCAGUAAAAAUUCUUAGUAAAGGAAAGGAAGUUCCUGACGAACCAGUUGUUGACAACAAAAGGAACCGCCAAAAAGGAUGGGAAAGGAUGGUUCUACAAAUCUUGUUUCUUGGCCCAUCAAAUCUCUUGGAACCAAAUGCUAGCUUUGAACAGAUGUCACAGAAGUUGAUUGUUUCACCUAUUGUGAAGACACUGGUCUUCAGUAAAGUUCCUGAAAAGGUGAGAGAAUGGGUUUAUAGCAUUUCUCGGGAUUGGAGAUUCAAGAGAAUAAUCCCUGCUCAUUUUGCUGCUCCAAUAAAUGCGAGUAGUUCUGAUUUCCGGGCAGCAUUCGCAUUUCUGGAUGAGCUUCUGGGCGAGCGAUAUGUUAGUCAGCUUUCACUCUCUCUUGUAUUUUCAUCAAUCAUGGGAAAAGCUGCAAGCUAUUUUCCUCCCGAUGACAUGAGGACAUUAUCAUCUCUAGACCAGUUCUUGGUUUCAGUCGGAGCUGUAAAGAAAACUGUCUCAGGCAGGAAGCAGUGAGGCCAGAAUUUAACAACUUGUCCUGCUCACACUUUAAAGUAUGUACAUAUUUGUAAUAGUAAGAGCUUUCUCAGCAAGAUUUUGAUGCCUUACAUAGGAAAAUGUUGUGAAAUCCGGGAAAAAAUGAUUCCAAUAUCUGUAUGAUAUGUGAGCUUCAAAAAGGACAAAACUUAAGCUUGAAGUUUCUUUAA